AACGUUCCCGAAACCGUCGGAGACAGCCUAUGUGGGCCGGCCCUAGCGCUAGAGGACGCGCAUAAGCAGACACGCCAUCCCCUGUACUCACCAUUCCCCUCCCCAUUCCCCCGAACCCUACACCGCUCGAGGCGGAGAAAUUUAUUCCACCAUGGUCGCCGCCGCCAUCACCAUGGCUUCCUCCCCUCGGAGAUCGCCCUCCACGCCGCUUACCAGGGAGACCUCUCCCUCCUCAAGAAAAUGGCGAUGGAGGUUGACCUGCAGGGAGUUAAGGACACCGAGGGGAGAAACACGCUUCAUUUGGCAGCAAGCAAGGGCUGCCUCCAGAGCUGCAUCUUCCUCCUGGAGACAUGUGCAGUUGAUGUCAAUUCCCUCUCCAAAUCAGGUGAGACGCCGAUAUACUAUGCCGCACUCAAUGGGGACAUCCAGCUUGUGAAGUAUCUUCUCGAUCACGGUGGCGAUCCUGCCAUGCCGAAUGAGAAGGGCUGCACGCCGCUGCAUGCUGCAGCACAGGAAGGUUUGCUUUCUCACUUUUUGGUAAAUUGAAGCAAUGUCAUUGCU